AUGUUUGCCUAUAGGUUAAGGUUGGCGACAUCCACUAUAGUUCUUUUACUAGUGCUAGGAUUGUCGCAAUCAAUUACUCAGGUUUUGGCGGCGCCAGGCUUGACCAAUUACACAGAGCAUUUAACAUUACAACCACUACCGAGGAAUAGUCUAUUGACGACUUUUACAUUUGAAUCUUAUUCAAUUCCUUCCACUGACCCUCAUGGAACCUCUCUUGAGUAUGCUGUGUUCCCAAGAUCACUAGGUCAAAUAUUGGAACAAUCUAAAACGCAAGAAUUACAUCUACGGUUCUCCCAAGGUUGGUGGGAUGCCGAAAAUUGGGGAUCUCCUCCAGAACAAGGAAAAUAUUCCGGUGGCCUUGGCGUGGAAUUGUGGGCCUGGGUCGAAGGUGAAGAUCUAAGCGCAGCCAAGGCUAACUGGCGUAAAUUGGUAUAUACAUUAUCGGGAUUGUUUUGUGCUUCACUUAACUUCAUCGACGAUGCUACAACUACAUUUCCUGUCAAGUCGUUUCAGCCAUUUGGGGUAGUUAAUGACCAAGACGGUAGCAAGUUUUAUUUGAUGAGGGGUGCCCUUCCUAGAGAACCAGUGUGUACCGAGAACCUUACGCCAUUUAUCAAACUGCUGCCUUGUAAGGGCAAAGCAGGCAUUUCUUCGCUACUUGACGGCCAUAAGAUUUUUGAUGCUCAAUGGCAGGGUAUGGCUAUUGACGUAUCGGUUGAGUGUAAUGAGGACGGGUGUCGCAAGAAGAUGACCCAAACUAUCAACGCCGUUAUUGAUGUGGCACGAUCGAUCCAGCGCAAAGUAUCUCCUGUUCCAGUGCCAACAGAUUUUGACAAGUUACGCUGUGAUACCACAAAAUCUUACAACUCUCAAUAUCAUUGCUUUCCUUUGAAAGAAAGUACUGAUGUUGAUUGGCUUCUCUCUGAUAUCUUUGGUCGUCAGAUCCAAGGUUCGUGUCCUUUAGCGGAAAAUGAACAUCAUAUUUCGAUCCAAACACCUGAGACCUGGAAUACCGCCUAUAUAUCCACCAGUAAAUCGGCAGAUGACGGCUCAGAAUCAACAUUUAUUAGCCAAGAGAAAAGUUUCAAGCUUGAACAGGACGUACCAACCAAUAUUCGACUCAAUAGUCACGAUAGCAGUAAAAUAAGCAGUUCUCCAAAUCAGCCAGUUUUAGUCGAGCGUUCCUUUACUGGACAUGGUCUUGAAAGAGGAGGAAUCAGGAGUACAUUCACUAAUCCUUCAAGAGACACGCCAGUUAGGUUCGUAUAUUUCGAGUCUUUUCCUUGGUUUAUGCGUUUGUAUCUUCAUACCUUGCAACUUCAAAGCCAGUCUCUUCUUGAGUCAGAUGAAAUUUUAUCUGAGCAAGAAAAUAUUCUUAAGGAUAUAUACUAUCUACCUGCAGUAGAUCGCAAGCAACCAUCGCAGCUUGAGAUUGAAAUGAUUCUUCCCCCUGCCACAUCUGCUUCACUCACAUACGAUUUUGACAAGGCACAUCUUUUUAUUGAAGAGUAUCCUCCAGAUGCAAACUACGGUUUUGAUAUUGCACCUGGUAUUCUAACGACCAUAAACGAAUCUGACGAACCUCAGUAUACUAUUAGGACCACGUCACUACUCCUACAACUCCCUACCCCUGAUUUUAGUAUGCCAUACAACGUUAUUAUAUUGACAGGUACCGUAAUGGCACUAACUUUUGGAAAUAUUUUCAACCUUUUAACAAAAAGAAUUGUCAACGAAGAGGAAGCGGAAGAGAUCGCUUCUCAACGACCCAUUAACCAGUAUAUCGCAAAAAUUAAGAGUCUUCUGGAGAAAAGAGGCUCUACCAACUCAUAG